UUUCGGUUUUCUCCUUUUUUUUCCUUUUUCCUCCAGUUUUUAGCUCCAGCCGCCCCGCCAGCGCGCCGGGAACGGGCUCUUUUCCAUUUACUUGAUUCACAGGUUUGUUUUAUCCGUUUGGGGGCUUUUUCCUCCCGUUUUUCUUCCGCUGCCCGGCUCACUCCACCCCCCGAAUCUUACCGAGUUGUAGCAACUUGCUCCCCCCCCCCCCCGCUUUUUUCAUUAUUUUAAUUAUUAUUGCUAUUUUUUUCACUGACGCGUUGCGAUUGCAAGUCGCCCUUGCAGUCCGGUUCCGAACUGCAUUUUGUCUGCAGAUCUUCCCUUUGUUUGCGCACACCCCCCCCCUUUUUUUUUUUCCAUUCUUCCUUUUUUUUUUUUUAAUCAUUUUUUUUUCUGUAGUUGUUGUUGUUCGUUGUUAAAGUAACUUUUUUUUUUUUUUUUUUUCGGGGGGGCGCUGUAUUUAAACACUUAAAAUGCACUGCUAUCUCCUGAGCGUGUUUCUCACCGUGGAUCUGGCCACCGUGGCUUUCAGCCUGUCUACUUGCAGCACCCUCGACAUGGAUCAGUUUAUGCGCAAGAGGAUCGAGGCGAUCCGAGGGCAGAUUUUGAGCAAGCUGAAGCUCACCAGUCCCCCGGACGAGUACCCCGAGCCCGAGGAGGUGCCCCCGGAGGUCAUCUCCAUCUACAACAGCACCAGGGACCUGCUGCAAGAGAAAGCCAACCACAGAGCUGCCACUUGCGAGAGGGAGAGGAGCGAAGAGGAGUAUUAUGCCAAAGAAGUUUACAAAAUAGACAUGCAGCCUUUUUACCCUGAAAAUGCCAUCCCACCGAGCUAUUACAGCCUUUACUUCCGAAUAGUCAGAUUUGACGUCUCGGCGAUGGAGAAGAAUGCCUCCAACUUGGUGAAGGCUGAGUUCAGGGUCUUCCGCCUGCAGAACUCAAAGGCACGGGUCUCAGAGCAGCGGAUAGAGCUGUACCAGGUUCUAAAAUCUAAAGAAUUAUCAUCACCAGGACAGCGCUACAUUGACAGCAAAGUAGUUAAAACAAGAGCUGAAGGAGAAUGGUUGUCUUUUGAUGUCACUGAGGCUGUACACGAAUGGCUGCAUCACAGAGACAGGAACCUUGGAUUUAAGAUUAGCUUACAUUGUCCAUGCUGCACCUUCGUGCCUUCCAAUAAUUAUAUCAUCCCAAAUAAAAGUGAGGAGCUUGAAGCAAGAUUUGCAGGUAUUGAUGACUACACAUAUUCCAGUGGUGAUGUGAAAGCUUUAAAGUCCAAUAGGAAAAAAUACAGUGGGAAGACCCCACAUCUUCUGCUAAUGUUAUUACCCUCCUACAGACUUGAGUCGCAACAGCCCAGUCGGCGGAAGAAGCGUGCUCUAGAUGCUGCCUAUUGUUUUAGGAACGUGCAGGAUAAUUGCUGUCUGCGCCCACUUUAUAUUGACUUCAAGAGGGAUCUUGGCUGGAAAUGGAUUCAUGAACCUAAAGGAUAUCAUGCUAAUUUCUGUGCAGGAGCCUGCCCGUAUUUAUGGAGUUCAGAUACUCAGCACAGCAGAGUACUCAGCUUAUAUAACACCAUAAAUCCAGAAGCUUCUGCCUCUCCGUGCUGUGUGUCCCAGGAUUUGGAGCCCCUUACCAUCCUCUACUACAUUGGCAAGACACCCAAAAUCGAACAGCUGUCCAACAUGAUCGUAAAGUCUUGCAAGUGCAGCUAAAGAAUACCCCUGAAACAGUGUGACGUGUGUGUAUUAUAACCAAGGAAAAAAGAAAGAGGGAGCGAGAAGGAAAGAAAGACAAACGAAAACCCAGGUUCAUCAGUGUUAAAAAGAAAAAACAAAAAAGGAAGAAAAAAAGUGGUACUAGACUGAACUGUUUGAAAGUUUGUUUUGUUUUUGUUUUUAAACUGGCAUCCGAAGCAAAACAUUGAAGGCCUUUAUCCGACAUUUCACCUACACAUAGUGUGAGAUAGACAAGAAGCAAAGUUAAAGAAAAAAAAAGAAACCUUCAAAAAAUAAACACUGGAAGAAAUUUGUUAGUGUUACUAUGUGAAAGGAAAAAAAAACAGGAAAAUCCCAUGAAGUGGAGUUGCUGUAUCUGUCCCGUGCCUUACUUGAUCUCUCUGUAUUGUUACGCAAUAAGCAUCCUACCCAUUCCUCUUAGUUGUAGAGUUAACAGUGAAUUAUUUAUUUGUGUGUAAAAACUAUCAAAUGAACAUUUCAGUAUCACCAUUGGAAAAAAAGAAAACCAGCCAAUGAGGACAAAGUGGAGACCAAAUAAACUGCCAGAAAUGCAUAUUAAAGCCUAAAGGAACAUGAGCUCAAACAAAUCAGAAAAGUAAUGGUUAGUUUAGUUCCAUUAAAAUAGAAAUCAGUUAUUACAUUAUUGCGAAACUCUGCCUUUAAAAUAAUUAUUUUCCAUGCCAGCUGCCUAGAGAGGCUUCUUGUAAGGUCUCGAACCUUUGUUUUAAAUACUGAAUAAUUUACUAAUAAAGGACACUCUGUUUCAGUCUCAAAAACAAGUCUAUAAGAUUUUUUUUUACUGUAAAUGAUUUAAAAUGUCAGUUUAGUAAACCAGUGAAAUAUUUAACAUGUACUGGUCUAAUCUUCAGACCUUAAUAUGUUGCUGUAUAGCUAUGCUAUGGGAUUUUUUUGUUCUUUUGGUAUAUGUAACCAUACCUAGAGUAUUACAAUAGGUGGGUAGUAAAAGCCAGCUUAAUUGGAAACAUAUCUGUAGAUCUCUAUUUGUAAACUAUUAAAAAAAUAAGUAUGUGUAAUGUGUAAAUUUUCACCGUAUUUUUGUACUCUGUAAUACUGUCAGCUCUCAUGAGUUUGAAUUUGAAUUUGGGGCUCUUUUUGAUCACUCAGAAUCAUGUGUUUCCCUCUAGCUGGCCAGUAUGAGUAGAGUCCCUAUAUUUUGACUUGCACUACAAAUACAUGUUUUAUAAUAAUUGCUAUCCAUGUGCUUUGUAUAUUGUUCAUCAUUAUGACAUAAGCUACCUGACUCCAUUUGUUUUUCUGUUCUAUAAAAAGGAUGGAUUAAAGCAAUCUCUCACCUCUCCCCCCUUCCUCUCCUUCCUCAGUUGUUCCCAUUUAUAACACUUGGAAUCACAAUGUGGUUUGGAUUCCUUGACCUUCUUAUUUCAUUUCGGCUAUAGACAUUCAAACAGAUGGGCAGGGAGCGAGAUGUUGCCAGAAGAGAUGUCCCAGCCUGGCUGAAGCGAGGUGAAACCUUGCAGGGAAUGACAUUCACCACUGUACAGAAGGCUGGUAGGAAGUGUCUUGGCGCAGCUAUGCUGCGAGUGGGAUCAGUCUGUGGUCAGAGGCUGUGUCCUUGGCCUUGCACACAGCAGGGACUUGUCCCUGCAGUUAGUCUGUGGGACUGAUCCCGCUUCUGCUGCAGGGAACAGAGAUUUGCCUUUAACUUGGCACGGCAGGCCCCUAUAGGCUAUUGGUGUGUGUGUGUGAGGAUUUGCAGGAUCAGACCCGUGAUUUUUGCAAGUUUGCCAAUUUUUGUUUUUCAAUUGAGUUCACAUUAAAGCUUCUUUUAAAAAAUAAUAAAAAAGGAACUUGGGGUUCCCAGGAUUUGGUUUUUACACAGGUUUAAAUAUUAUAGGAGUAAAAAAAAAAAAAACAAGAAAUGAAAAGUUCCAUGUUUAUAGUUCAUUUAAAAAAAGCUCCAACCUAAAUUAGCACAAAACAUCUUGAAAAAGGCACAUCCAGUUCAUUUCACAUGACAAAUGGUUUUUGCACAGCAGAGCUGGAAAACCACGUUAGAAACAUACUACUUGGAUGAGAAGGACUUUUUCUGUCAUUGACCCGAGUGGUGUCAGGAGGACAUUCCUGAGCUUGGUGUUGUCAGCUCCAGUUUUGAGAAGUGCAAUGUUCUUUGGCUUCAGCAGAACACUGAUGCAAAGCUGAAGGACCGCAGUAGCUUGCAUACACGCAGCUCCUCGGGACUUCAGGAGAGCCUGUGCUUAUGGCUUAGAUGGAAACAUAGCCCCACAGAUGAUCUAAUCCCACCCGUUGACUCAGCGCAGAGGAGGAGGUAUGUUAGACUUCUGAUUUAUUUAGUGAGUUGAGAUGAACAAGUGAAAAAAUCUGUCCUGCUAACACUUGCUUGAGCCAAACUUACUCCAGUGAGAAGAUGCACUGAACUCAGUGAAACUCCUCAGGGUAGGAAAUACUCUGGAUUUUGCUGGAUACGGCAGCAAAAUUAGUUUUAUCAGGUUCAGUACGAGAACUGUAUUUUUGUUGGACAGGAAAGGAGACAAGGAUGAACGCGUUUUACAGAACAUAAAGACGUUUUUGCAAUUCCCUGUGGUGGGAAUGCAGCUCGAAACAAGUUUUGAAGCUUGAAAAAGUGGAAUAGGAGAUAGCGUAGUUGUCCAACUAUACUCACUAUGCGCUGGACGCAGCUGAAAAUUUCGGUUUGGGUUUAGAGUUUUGCUCUAAAUUUAAGUAUAAAACUUUAUUUCUCCAAGUCAUUACCCCAAGAGCAAAUACUUUUUACUUCUUUUUUUUUCCUCAAAAUGCACUGAUGGUAUUUGAAAUACUCUGUUAUAAAGCUCCUACUUUUUGUUUGAUUUUUUUUGUUCAUUAGGCAUAUAUUUCCCUUUAAUUACCAAGGAUGUUAGGCCUGAUCCUACAAUGUGCAGAACUCAUGGGUGAAACUCCCCUCUACAGAGUUGGUUAAUGUGAGUCCUAAGCACCACUCAGGUCUGAUGUUACUCCCCUUGGAUGAUACUGAGAUGGAUCUGCAGCAGGGCUUUGUGGUAGGGGCUUUACCAUGAAGAAUUGCCACUGUCUAAGCAAAGUCCCUGAGAACUGGUGGGAAAUGUUCAGUACCUGGAAAGGUGGGAUCCAAGGGGUUGGCUAGGGCUGAGAGGGAAUCUUAGCACUUAGCUGGGUGGGGUAGGACAGCCUUUUUUAUGUGUUUAGCAUGAAUAUAAUUGUAUGGUUGGCAUGGUUUAAAGAAGAAAAAACCCAAGGAACUUAAAGGACAGCUGUGUUGUACUUUGGUGAUCGAUUACUCUGUAUUUUAACACAUUGUAUGUCUGUUUUUGUGGUGCUCUAGUGGUAAAUAAAUUAUUUCAAUUA